UUCUGCGGACCUUCUCCACGUCGGCCUCAUCUCAAAAAAAUAUUCUAAGACUAUCGACUUGUUGAAUAUGAUAAACAAACCAUAAUGUCAUCGAAAGCAAUAAGUCGGAAGAAGCCUUCUUCGCCAGUAGACUUUAUCAAGUCUUAUAUUACUCCUAAAUUUUUGAAGGAUGUCAAAUUUGGGCUUUGUGGGUUUGUUUAUAUGUGUAUAAUUCUCUUCCAUUAUGCAUGGAUUAUGAGAAGGUGGUUAUUAGACCCUUACAUGGAAUUAGCUAAGAUAGGUAUCUAUUUUGCGUUCUUCUUUGUUCAUGUCAUUGCUUGGGGUUUUGUUUUUUAUCAUGUGUUCUAUAAGUCAAUUUAUGCUGAAGAAAUUGCAGCAGACAGAGCUCAAUUGGAGGAAUUAAAAAAGAGAUGAUUUUUAAUGAUAGUUAUGAUAUGUACAUACAGUAUUUAUUCUUAAACA